AUGUCGGACUGGGAGGAGGAGUACUGCGAGGGCGGCGCUGCGGUCCAGAAGUCCGCCGAAAAAACGGCUCCGACUGCACGGAAAACAACGCACAAUGACAGCCGGGGGCAAAACGUAUGUUUCGGUGAAAGAAGCGGAACCGGGUCCGGAGCCUCGAGAGGGAGGAGAGCGGAACGCAACGUCGAGGGAUCCGAGUACGGAAGCCGGAGAGGCGGCGGCGGCGGCGGCGGCGGCGGCAGCGAAGUUCGCCCGUUUACGCGCAGCGCGGACCGCGAAGGCGACGGACAGUCGGUGACGUUCACCGUGCACGGUUCGUCAGUUGGCAGGAUAAUAGGUCGCGGAGGAGCUAAAAUACGCGAACUUGAAGAAAGCACCGGUGCGAGGAUAAAGAUAAACAACGGGGACUAUGGAGGUGAGGUGGUCCUCUCUGGGUCCUCUGCCGCCCAGCAGAAGGCCAAGGAGAUGAUUGAAGACCUGGUGGCGGAUUGCAGCUCUGGACCUCGCGAUGGUCCUGGUAGGGGGGGAGACUAUGGAGGAGGAGCUGGUGGAGGAGGCUACAGAGGGGGGGGUGGUGGUGGAGGCUACGGAGGAGGAGGUGGUGAUGGAGGAGCAAGGAAUCACUCUGUCUGGUCUACUGCAGAACUGCAGGAAGCGGUGGCGGCCCCGGCCCCUCCGCCCAUCGACUGGAACGACAUCCGGCAGAACAAAGACAAGUACGAAGCGCUCAAGUGGAAAGAUGCUCCACUCUUGAAGAAGAACUUUUACACCGAGGCAGAGAGCGUGUCCGUGCUCACAGCAGAGGAAGUCUGUGAAUGGAGGAAGGAGAAUAACAAUAUCUUCGUUGACGACCUGAAGGAGGAGGGGGAGAAGCGUUCCAUCCCCAAGCCCUGUCGCACCUUUCUGGAGGCCUUCCAGCUCUAUCCGGAGAUCAUGGAUAACAUUGAGCGCGUUGGCUUUGUCAAACCAACGCCCAUCCAGUCUCAGGGGUGGCCAGUGUCCCUGAGUGGGGAGGACCUGAUCGCCAUCGCUCAGACGGGAACGGGCAAAACUCUGGCCUACCUGCUGCCGGGCUUCAUCCACAUGGACGGGCAGACUCUGCCCAGAGCCGAGCGGGGGGGUCCAGGCAUGCUGGUGCUGACCCCCACCAGAGAGCUCGCCCUGCAGAUUGAAACCGAGUGCAGCAAGUACCGCUACAAGGGCUACAAAAGUGUCUGCAUCUACGGCGGAGGAGACCGCCGAGGCCAGAUCAAGAUGGUGAAGAGCGGCGUGGACAUCGUGAUCGCGACACCCGGCCGGCUGAACGACCUGCAGAUGAAUGAGCUCAUCAACCUUCAGUCCGUCACCUACUUGGUUCUGGACGAGGCGGACCGAAUGCUCGACAUGGGCUUUGAACCCCAGAUCAUGAAGAUUCUCCUGGACAUCCGCCCAGACCGACAGACCGUCAUGACCAGCGCCACCUGGCCCACCGGCGUGAGACGAUUAUCCAAAUCCUAUCUGAAGAACGCCAUCAUGGUCUACGUGGGCACGCUGGACUUGGCGGCCGUCAACACGGUGCAGCAAACAGUGCUGAUCGUCCACGAGGAGGAGAAAAAGUCCUACGUGUUCGACUUCAUCAGAAACAUGCUGCCGCUGGAUAAAGUCCUCAUCUUCGUCGGCAAGAAGCUUGUGGCCGAUGACCUGUCCAGCGACAUGUGCCUGCAGGGCCUGGCUGUGCAAAGCCUCCAUGGUGACCGUGAGCAGUGUGACCGUGAAGUGGCCCUCAAGGACUUUAAAGACAGCCGCGUUCGGAUCCUGGUCGCUACGGACUUGGCCUCUCGGGGGCUGGACGUCCACGACAUCACGCACGUCUUCAACUACGACUUCCCGAGGAACAUAGAGGAGUACGUCCAUCGAGUGGGCCGCACGGGCCGGGCAGGACGCUCAGGUGCUGCGGUUACCUUGGUGACGAGAGAGAACUGGAGGAUGGCCCCGGAGCUCAUCUCCAUCCUGGAGCGAGCGGGGCAGGAGGUCCCCGAGGAGCUGGUGCUGAUGGCCGAGAGAUACGAGAAGCACAAGAGGGAGAAGGACCUGAGCAAUCCAAGGGGAGGAGGAGGGAGGAGAGAAGGAGGAGGAGGAGGAGGAGGAGGGAGAAGAGAAGGAGGAGGGAGAAGAGAAGGAGGAGGAGGAGGACGGGAUCGAAGCCAGAACUGGGGCUUCUAAAGCGAGAUGGUCCACACACGGAAACACUGAAGACGUUCAGUCAGAAACACUUUCUGAUUUCACCAGUUUGUUUUUCCCUUCAAGAGAACAAAGGUUAUUUCUUGAGGGCGGUCGGUCGACGUUGAGGACUCCUGCUCCCCGAACGGUCGGUUCAAAGAUGUGUUUUCAAAAAUAAACUGGAGAAGCUAACGAGCACGUUCAUCCAAAAUACAAUGAAUCUCAUAAAAAAUACAUUUUAUUUAUCAUCACAUGAAUAAAAACAACAUAAUUAAAUGACAUAAGGAAGCCCAAGUGGGACACAUAAAAAGGAAAGUAAUUGAUUUAUUUAUCCGUCUGGUUUUUCUGAUUUAAUCUUAAUGUUCUUGUUCCUCUUUUCUCUCCACAGGGUGAAGCAGGAGGAUUUAUUUUGAAUGUACAUUCAUUUGUGGAUUGAAGUCAUUUUGUUUUGUGUUUUUUCUUUUUGCUGGAUUAUAAAUAAGGAAUUUACUCCUCGUGAUGUUGUGCUCCUGUUUUUAAAAUGCACCUUUUUUACAGUUUUCUUCUGUCUGUAACUCGCCAAGAACAUCGGUGUUCAUAAUUACUCUGAAUAUUUUGUUUAUGUAAGAAAUGUUGGGAGUAAACCUGUAUAAUAAAUUCUCUUUUUUUUCUAAAGAGACGUGACACCCCGUGUAUUUUAUUGACUUAUUCACUUUAAAUACUUAUUAUUAAAUCAGCUUUGCUCCAUUUCCACACCUCCACAAUUAUGGGAAAGGUUUACAGAGAUCAAAGGUGAGUUAUUGUAUAUUUAUUCACAAAAAGGCAAAAAAAACCGUAGUGGAUUAUUUUAAUUACCAACUCUUCUUUUCACAGGAAGUGAAGUCCAAGUGGACAGGAAGUGACUUUCAGGGAGCGUUUCACCAUCCUUCAACGGAGGUCGGCCAUGACGGCGAAGUCUUAAACUGACGACAUGGCGACGACACAACCUGUCAACACUUGAGGAGGAAGCCGGGAGCUCAAACGUGAGCUGUGACUUUACUAAGACUAGUUUCAACAUGCUACAGAAUGCAGUGUUCCUAUUUAUGAAUUAUACGCGUCUGUAAAUUCUGAUUGUGACGUCAUUAUUAAAUAAGAUUGCAGUUUCUCGUGAACACUAAUUCAUUUAUUAGCAUCAAUGUUUCGUGGACAAGUAUAUAUAUAUAUAUAUAAGUGUAUAUAUAUAUAUAUGUAU